UCAUCAAGGUAUCAUUGUGCUUUUUGCAAUUAGGUCGCUUGUGUUAACCUCUACAUUGUUCUCUUGCUUUCGCUUUUGUUCCUCUACAGUGUCCAAAGUAAACUAUGUAUGAGUAUCAUGGCUCUCUCCCAGUGAAACAUUAGAUUGAGUCACCUGUUUUUAUUAUGCGCUUGGUUCAACUAAUUUUAAGAGAUUAGACGGAAUCAUGUAAAUCGUUUUUCUGCAUGGAAGGAGGACUCUUGUCUGCGUUUUGUGAUUUGCACCAUCUGAUUGUGCAUGUUGCAUUAAGCUUUCGUUGCUGGUUGAUAUUCAAGAGAUUGACGACCUGAGUGCUGCCGAAACAGAAAUGGCAGCAGUGAUAGACCUUCUUAGUAGUGACGAUGAUUGUGAUACAGCACAUUCGGUACCUUCAAAUCGUAGUCGACGUGAACUUGGUUGUGUUCAAGAUGGGGCGGUGGAACCCAAUAGUGAGAGAGAUUGUGAGAGUCCAGGCCCUGCUCUUGAUGGAAGUGAACACAGAGAUGGCGGUGAAGAUUCUUCCGGUCCUGGCAGUAAGCAGGUUCAUGUUUCUGCUGCUGAAAUUCAAACCAAAGGGAAAAUGAGCAGCGAUAAUAGGAGGAGAGAGCAAUUUCAAAGUGAUUCUUUGAGUCGCCAGUUUUGGCAAGCAGGAGAACUGUAUGAGAAGCAGCAUGUCCAUGCUUCCAAAAGGAGGCGCGCUGUUCAAGGAGCCAUAGAACAUGUGCGCGUGCACCCUUAGUUUUUGCACUCAAAUGCCACGUCUCACAAGUGGGCUCUUGGAGGUGCAGAAUGGAGCAACAUGUGUGCGUGUUGACAAAAUCUUAAACCUUCGCGAUGGUUCCCCAGCUCUUCUUGUUCAAGGAUGACGGAGGCGGCAUGAGUCCGGAUGAUAUCCGCAUGUGCAUGAGCUUGGGGUAUUCUCAGAAGAACAGUAACACAACGAUUGGACAAUAUGGCAAUGGAUUCAAGACCAGUGUCAUGCGCCUCGGUGCAGACGUUAUUGUUUUUACUCGCCAGCCAAAUAACAAGGGGUUUGUGACACAAAGUGCUGGAUUGCUGUCUUACACGUUUUUGAUAAAGACCGGACAUGAGGAUAUUGUGGUUCCAAUGGUGGAUUUCAAAUUAAGAUUAGAUGGCACUGAACUUUCAGCUAACCUUCGGACGAAUAUGGACGACUGGAUCAGCAAUCUUGGGACAAUCUUACGCUGGUCCCCCUUCUCCUCUGAACAUGAGCUUCUUAAACAGUUUGACGACAUAGGUAAGCAUGGGACAAAGGUUGUAGUCUACAAUCUGUGGCUCAAUAAUGACGAAAACUUGGAACUAGAUUUUGAUACGGAUGAGCGAGAUAUUCAACUGCGAGUGGGAACUGAGGAAAAAUCCAAGCAACCCAAGUUGAAUGCUCUCCUCGUCAAAGAACAUAUUAGCAAUCAGUACCAAAUUUCAUUGCGGGUGUAUUCCUCAAUAUUGUAUCUACAUAUGCCCGAGAACUUUCGAAUCAUCUUGAGAGGAAAGACUGUGCAGCAUCACAGCAUAGCGGUAGACCUGAAACAUACCCAGUAUAUUGCGUACAAGCCACAGAUAGGAUCGGGCAAGGACUCGAAUGUGAAGGAUGUAACAGUGAUUACCACCAUAGGUUUCACCAAAGAAGCGCCUUUUGUUAAUGUCCACGGCUUCAAUGUGUAUCACAAGAAUCGGCUCAUCAUGCCAUUUUGGAAAGUUUUUCAUGAUAAUAGCAGUCGGGGGUGGGGCGUUGUAGGUGUUAUGGAGGCAAACUUCAUGGAGCCUGCACAUGAUGUACAUGAUGUCUUUUCAUGUACAUUACAUUCAUGUGCACGGAUUACGAGAUACGUGAGAAGCAUUGGAGACUGAAACUGAUGCUUCAUGAACAGCGUGAGCAAGAGCAGGAUUCGAAGAUUGCAUCGUUGGAGAAACAGUUGAUGGAACACAAGCCCAAGUGUGUGAUUAUGCUGGAGAUACCCGAUGGAUCAGGUCAGAAAACCUGAUAAUAAGGAUGCAAUAUCACAACCUUUACCAUAUGUUAGGAUUCUGUAUGGUUGUCUUUUCAACUAUACAUCUCUCUUCUGCAGAAUAUGUGCGGAGUGUUGAACAUCAACAUUAACCCUUCGAUGCAGUCAAAAACAAAACUUGAAGAAAUAGAGGAAUCUAUAAUUUUGCAAA